UCCGUGUGCUGAUGGCGCGCUCUAUACAGAUCGGCGCGGCUUCAAAUCAAGCGUUCACGCCUGUCGCCUGCGGAUAGCAUAGACUUAGCUACGCUGGGCGUCAGAGCUCAGGUGUCGCGAUCGUUCUGUCAACCGCAGCAAGUGUAGCUGUCGUGUGCAGCGGGUUCUCCCUCAGUCGUCUGAUGGCUUUUUCUGCGUUAAGUCGUGUGUUGGCAUCGUGACUAGUCAAUUAGAAACAUGAGCUGUUGGUUUUGUGGGAUCAAAUCAUCGAUAUCAGGGCUGACUUCCCGCUGUUUUUAGGGUUCUUGCAAGGCUCAGAUCCCCUUAAUCGGUGCUCGGAGAGAACAUCUCGGGCAUACGGCAGCCGAGACCGGUCCGCCACUAGGCUAGAUACAGCUACAAGAGUGUUUGUCAUCCAGCCAUUCGAUCUAUGUGUCUUUGCAUCUUGCACAUUCCCCUGCAUCUUUCAACAUCAAGACAUUCAACCCAAAGCAACGAGAUGGCCUCAAACCCUGAUAUUGCCCUGUUCCAGUGUUCGUGGCCUGAAUGCACUUCGAGUUACCAGCGACGAGAACAUCUUAAUCGCCACUUGAAGAAGCAUCUUAAACCAAAGGAAUUCAAAUGCCCAUACUGCACGACUGUGGUCGGUCGAAGCGACACUUUAGUUCGUCAUAUUUCACGAUACCACGAGGGCAAGGAGUCGUUCCGAUCCCGAGCGCUUCGGGCUUGCGACCACUGCAAGGCUCGAAAAAUACAAUGUAGCAUGGGUACACCGUGUCAUUCAUGCUUGCAACGAGGGCUAUCAUGUUCUUAUGGUACCUCGGCUACAUCUGAUCAACCACAGCGAACGCUACAGACACACUCGACCCCUAGCCAAAUCGCAUCCUUUAACCUGGACCAGGAAAUGACCGAGCUUGACAAGUACAUAGCCUUUUACUUCACUGAGUUCCACCCAACAUGGUCGUUCCUUCAUAAGUCUAGUUUUCGUCCGAAGAGGGAAUCACAAGUACUGGUCCAUUCGGUGGUAAUGGCAGGCCUAUGGUUCAGUAAUGAAAAAGGUGCAAAGGAGACAGCGAUCGAGAUGCACCAAACGCUGAUGACAUCUAUUCAGCAUCAACGCUGCGCAUGGGAUGUUUCUCACUCCGAUGCAACCAACGAGGCAACGACUUGGCCCAUAGCCACUUAUCAAGCGAUUCUCCUGAACACCAUACUUCCGUUGACAGCUCGGAAACAAGUCUCGAGCGCGGGAUUGGAGUUUCCUACGCCCGAUUAUGAGAUCUUGGUCGCUCUUGUGAACAGCAGUCUGAAGAGAGGCAUGUUCAGCUAUCCAAGUAUGCUUGAGCAGUACCAGCAAUCAGCUUUGACUCCUCACACUGCUCCCCAUAUAUGGAUCGGUAUCGAGGAAUUGAAACGGUUCGCGCUGACUUUGUAUCAUGUGUGGACGAUAUAUUGCGAAACGCAGAUGUCGAAUAAAGACGAAUCUCAGGACCAGCUCUCGUCGCAUAAUCUGCAGUUUUCUGCCCCGAUUAGUGACGACUUGUGGAACGCGGAUACUAUACCCGAGCUCAUUACUCUCGUAGAAGAGGAAAAGGCUAAUGGUAACCAAAUAUGCGACAAUGAGAUGAACUGGAUUUGUAACUGGUCAUGAGGUGCAACCUCUGCAAUAUCUAGGAACGUAUUCAAAUUG